AUGCUCUCGAGACACCCGACCUUUCGAACUCGGAGGCGACCUCUGGUCCGUGGCGUUUUGCAACAAGCUCUUGAGGAAAAGGGAGGGCAUCCGCCUGAUAUGUACACUGAUGCAGCAGAACUGAUGGAACGUGUGCUCCUCGGGGAUUCGGACCCGGCGGUUUGGAAACAAAGUCGGCAGGGGAUCCAGCUUGUCGAGGAAGAUGUCUGGUUGGCUGAUGUCGUGUGGAAUGGUCUUCUCAGACAGAGAUUGAGGCCCCCAUACGUGCCGCCGACAAAAGCUGCUGCUGGAGGCGCCAGCCCGUGUUACAUGGAUGAGGAUGACGGACACGGCGCGGCGGAGGACGACGGAAGGCUGAGGGACGAGCGGGCCCCUGGAAGGGUUGCAUGCUGGCCUGCCGUCCGGACCUGA